GCGUCUGCUAGUCAUUCUACUUGUAACAAUGUCUGCGAGCGGUUCUCAAAUUGUAGAUGGCGCCUCGUCUUCCGAGGUGUCCCCAAAAGAUCAGGCGCGUUACGACCAUUAUCGCAUCUAUAAUGUCCAGUUCGACAAUGAGCAGCAGAUUGAGUUGUUCCAGAAACUGGAGGCUGAGAGCGACAGCUUAACUUUUAUCGGACAUGCUCGCGAAGUUGGACAAAAACUUUCCAUUCUGGUUGCUGCACAUCGCGUUGCUGAUUUUGCCGAUUUGCUGGCAACGUACAAAGUGCAGCAUCGUGUGUUGACGUAUAAUUUUCAGGAAAAGAUCGAUCGCAAUAUGCGCGAAGUGCUGCCAGAACAUGUGGAUGUCUCUAAAUAUGAUUGGCAGCACUUUUUCCACCUCAAAACCAUCUACGAUUGGUUGGAUCACAUGGCCAGCAAAUAUCCUGAACAGAUCAGCGUACUGGACAUGGGCAGCAGCACCCAGGGGAACGCAAUUAAAGGCCUUCAACUGGGCAAGAAUCCGGCGAAUAAAGCCAUUUUCAUUGAAAGCGGAAUUCAUGCCCGCGAAUGGAUUGCACCGGCCACAGCCACUUACAUUAUUAAUGAGCUAUUGACGUCGCAGGAUGAGCGUGUGCAGCAGCUGGCAAAUAACUAUAAUUGGAUUAUAUUUCCAUGCGUCAAUCCUGAUGGCUAUCGUUACACCUUUGAGCAUGAUCGUAUGUGGCGAAAGAAUCGCCAGCUGUUUGGUACUUGCCGUGGCGUUGAUCUUAAUCGCAACUAUCCUGAUCACUGGAACACUACGGGAUCGAGCAGUGACCCAACACGUUACGAUUUUGCCGGUCCCAGCGCUGGCAGUGAGCUGGAGACACAACGCUUGAUGAGCUUUAUACGUGAACAUGUGGAGAAGGAUCAGAUCAAAACAUAUAUUGCCUUGCAUUCGUAUUCACAGAUGCUCAUGUUUCCCUAUGGCUACACCAAGGAACAUGUGGCCAACUACGAUGAUCUGCAGGAAUUUGGCAAAAAGGCAGCGGCUGCUAUUAAAGCUGAGAGUGGUCGUGACUACGUAAGUGGCAAUCUCUACGAGACGAUUUAUCCAUCAAGUGGCGGCAGCAUGGACUGGGCCCAUGCCGAGGCCGGCAUACCCAUUAGCUAUACUUUUGAACUGCGCGGACCACCCGAUAGUCAGGAUCUGUUCAUUCUGCCAGCUGUGGAGAUUCAGCCAACCGCCAGCGAAGCCUUUACUGCCAUUCGCACCAUUGUUGAGGCUGCUGCCGAGAAGAAUUAUUACAAAUGAUUACAAAUUAUCAUCAGGAUGCCAUUAUCUUUUAGAAAACUUGACGUGCAACGCAUUUAAAUAACAUCUACUCUUCUCUUUUUAUUAGUGCUACUAUCUGAAGUAAGCUCAGACUGUUUUUAUUGCGAGCAAGAUAAGAAAUAUAUAUGAUCAGAUAAAGACAA